GUUCGGCCUGUGACGUAGCCGGAAGCUGUGUCAGUAAACAGAGCCUGGUGAAUCCAAUUGUUUUCUGCUCUUACUUGUCUCGUAAUCGAUAUUAGACAUGGAGGACAGCAGCGGGUUCCGUCCCUCGGCGGGUAACUUGGAGGACCCACCGAACAGCCGGGUAUUCUUAGUGGUUAGCAAAUAUGCCACAGAGGAUUUGAUCAGGGAAAGGUUCUCCGAUUUCGGCGAUAUCCAGGACAUCUGGGUGGUAAAAGACAAGCAAACAAAGGAGUCUAAAGGGAUCGCGUUUGUCAAAUAUGCCAAGUCUUCGCAGGCUUGUAGGGCAAUGGAAGAGAUGCACGGCCGGUGUCUCAGUGAGAGCACCAAACCCAUCAAGGUGUUCAUUGCACAGUCAAGAGGUUCUUCAAAUCACAGGGAUGUUGAGGAUGAAGAGCUAACAAGAAUUUUUGUAAUGAUUCCAAAGUCAUACACAGAAGAAGAUGUAAAGCAAAAAUUUAAGGAAUAUGGACAAAUCGAGUAUUGCUCAAUAAUUAAAAAUAAGAAUACCGGUGAAAGUAAGGGUUUGGCAUAUGUGAGAUUCCUCAAGCCCUCUCAGGCUGCUUUGGCUAUAGAAAACUGUGACAGAAGCUUUAAGGCAAUCUUGGCUGAGCCUAAGAACAAAGGUGGAGGUGGAAGUGGUGGCGGUGGAGCAGAGAAUGACUACCACAACAGCGCAAGGCAAGAAACAAUGAUACAGCAUGACCACACUGCUGCUGCCACUGUGUUUUCUUAUGAAUAUGAUUAUUCAUCGUAUGACAAAAAUACAGAUGCCAGGACACAGGAGACCAUAUCCAAGCGACUAAUAGUUGUUUCAAGACUUCCGAUGAUUCAGGAACAAGUGCACAACUUAUUUGAUCUGAUUCCUGGUCUUGAAUAUUGUGAGGUCCAGCGAGAUCCUUAUAAUAGCUUUGGGCAUGCGAUUGUGCAAUAUCAGAACAUCUCAUCCGCUAUAUAUGCCAAGUACAAGCUGCAUGGGUUUGAGUAUCCACCUGGAAAUCGUCUUGGGGUCACUUACUUAAAUGAUGGUGGAGAUGGAUCUGAACUUCUUCGAAAAAUGGCAUCACAGAUGGUGGCUGCACAGGUCAGUUCACUCGUAUGGGGCUCUUCACAGCAUUAUCCUUCAGCACCGUUAAUGGGAAGAGCUUAUCCAUAUGGUGCUGGUAUGGAUGCUAGCCAGGAUGCCAGCCUCACGCCUUAUGAACGAGCAUAUGGCUCCCCAGUUACGUCUCAGCUCCAGACAGAUGCAGCUCUUCCAUCAAUCAAAAAGAAAGCUCCAAGUGAUGCACAGUCAAAGGAGAGACUGUUUAUUGUGUUCAACCCACACCCAUUAUCCUUGGAUAUAAUGGAAGAUGCUUUCUGUCGCUUCGGAAAUCUUAUUGAAGUUUAUAUUGUACCGGGGAAAAACGUUGGCUAUGCCAGAUAUGCGGAUGUCUCCAGUGCCAAUGAAGCUAUUGCAGUUUUACAUGGGAAGAUGGUAAAUGGUGUAAAGCUCAAAGUGAUGCAGGCAGAUUCUCCCAGAGAUGAGUCCAACAAGAGACAGAGAACCUACUGAAUUUGUUUAUAUCAGAACAGAGACUAAGUUAUGACAUGACCCUCAGCUGACUGACAGAAACCUGACUGGAGACAUGUAAUCAUUUAGUAAAAUGCUUGUUAAAAAAAAAAACAGGAAGAAAAAAAGUAACAUGGUAUGCAUUUGAGAAUCUUUUUAUAAUAUUAUUAUUAUUAUCAUCAUCAAUAUUAUUAUGAUGAUGAAAUAUGCAAGUGGCAAUGUUUAAUGGUCCUUCAUUUUUUUUAUUGUUGAGGUUAUGCAUAACAUGUACAUUAUUGCUUUGAAUAAACUUUUUUUUCUGAA